AUGCGGCCGACGAUACGUGUGCUUGCGCGCUACCUGGAGCCAGGCACUCCUACCGGCCUGGCCGGUCUAUGGACUCAUUCCACUCCUCGAUCGACGCUUCUCUAUCUUUACGGGACGACCCUCAACAAACUCCAAUCCAUACCUGAGACUUCACUUUAUCGCCAGUCUGUGGAGGCUGUUACGAAACACCGAAUGGGUCUUGUGGAAAAUAUUGUCCCUCCUGGCUACAACGAGUGGGCGGCCAAAGCCAAAGAGUUAAUCAGCAAAAACCCCGAGCAAUUUCGAGUUGCCAGCGGUCGAGUUGACGGUAGCGAGGCCAGAACUGUGAAACUCGGGGACCGUGUAUUUAUAAUCGGUGCGAAGCAUGAAGCUGGUGAUAUACGUUACGAAGAAUGGGAUGGAGAAGCCGACGAAGGUGGUGAGCUCGAGGGCAUUCGAACCCCAGCGGAGAGGCAGGACCAGGUUAUCUGGGCUGAGCGGAAGCCGUUACAGGACCACGAAAAAAUCGAAUGGGAAGAUGAACCUCAGUUGACUGCAGAACAGGUGCAAGAGCUGGAGCAUAAGAUUGCCGCCGGUCUUAUCGAAGAGGUCAUCCAAGUCGCAGAGGGCGAGCUUCUCAUCAUUGACACCAUGGAGAAGGCCAGGGUUUGGGAGGAUUUGGAGGAACGGCCUGUUGAUGGCCAAUGGGAAUACUUCGACAGGAAGACUAUGGCACAGGGUAGCUCAUUGUCAACGAACUUGCCAAACUCCAUCAACCCUUUCAGCCGUUCGCCCAGCGAGAGGCGUCAGCUAUCUCUAGCUGGUCUCAAAGACACCGAUGAGGAUCCAACACGAGGGAUUGAAUGCUUUCCCCACCGCGGGAUCGAUCGUAAGGCACCUGAAGUGACCGUGUCAGAGGAAGAGGAAGAGGAAGAGGAUGACGCGGACGAGUUGGAUGCAUCCGAAACGUCACAGGCAACAGCAGAAGAGCCUGUAAGGAUGGUCAGAAGUGGAAAGGAUAAACGAAACCAGAGGCGGCCGAGUUUGGCACAUCCAUUCAGUCGGUUAGAUACUCUGCUACGAUCUAUCCACCAACUUCUUGACCAGGCGGAGAUAACAAAAGCAGCAAGAUUAUUUGGCAUUGUGCUGCAACUUCGGCCUGGCAGCAGACCCAUUGAUGUUCGUCAACAUAAUAUCUGGGCAAUUGGUGCUGAAAUAACCAUAAGAGGAGGCGAGGAUGUUACCUUGCUGCACCGAGGUUUACAACAUGUCGACAUUGAAAGCCAUGAGUAUACCGACGGCAUGCUCUCCGGAUCAAAAAGUUACACACGCAUUCGCAUUCCAAGGAGACGGCACCCUUCAGAAAAUCUCAAAAAGCUGAAGGCUUACUUUGGGGCGCUCAUUCAGAAAUAUCCAUAUGAUCACAAGUUUCCUAGAAAAACCUCAGCACUACAUUUUCAGCUUGCAAUGCUGACAUGUGAAGUAUACAGCUGCCAUGCCAUGUAUGCCUCAGCGGAUUCACCCACCACUGCUCUGCAAUUGGACCUGGAAGAGGUACCCCCGCAGAUAUCAGAUAGGUACUCGGAGGAUGUCUACCAAAAUGACCAGUCGGAGAUGACCAUGAACGUCAAACAACCUGGUUCGGAAGUAAAUUUCCGAAUUCAGAGGGAACGUAACCAAAUAUACGCGCGUGAGGCUCUGAAGGAUAUUUCUAAGAGGAUGGACUCGCUCAUCAACGAGUUGCCGUACUCCAAAAAUCACCACUUCCUUCAAUUACGGGCAACAGUAUCACUUCUCAUUGCAGAGCUUCUAGCCCUAGACAAUGGCAGUCAGCAAGGCAUCACGAAUGAACCCACAGCAGCCAUAAAGUCGGAGCAAGAAAUUGCCAGUAUCAUGCUGCAAAGAAUUAUCGACAAUGGUGGACAUACUGCCAGACCAUUAAUGGACCUCAUGGGUCAAUGCUCAAACUUAAAGAAAGAAUUGCAACAACAAGUGUUGUAUGCGUCACUGCCAAUCAGAAGCACAUAA